GCAUUCACUUCCUGCUUCUGCUUUUCCCCCGGCCCAGCUAGGAAAGAUCUAGGCCCCUCUGGCCGGCACCUACCCCACCGCGGACCCUCAGCGCUGGGACCCCGGGGAAGGCCACUCGGGAGGGGCAAAAGACAAACCACCCACCCCCGCUGCUCCCCUCCACCGCGCCGCCCGCAGCCUCUGGCGGGCGGGAAGCUGGGACCCAACCACCCUGCGGGAGCGCGCAGCCAGGGGGAGGUCGGCCGCAACUUCCCCAGUCCACCUUAAGAAGAGGAUGUAACCAGUUUGCGGUGCUGACCUUACAAAAACAAGUUUGCGCAAAGUGGAGCGGCGGGCCGACGUCUGGGCAGCCCCGGCGGCGCUUCCUACGCCUCGCAGCCUACCCGGCGGCGCAGCCGCGGCCCAUGGAGCCCGCCGGCCCGGCCCCCGGCCACCUCGGGCCGCUACUCUACCUGCUGCUCGCCGCAUCUCAUGCCUGGCCAGGAACAGCCGCAGAGGAGAAUCUGCGGGUGAUUCAGCCUGAGAAGCCGGUGUUGGUGGCUGCUGGAGAGGUGGCUACUCUGAACUGCACUGUGACUUCCCUGCUCCCUGUGGGGCCCAUCAUGUGGUUCAGGGGACAAGGACAAGGCCGAGAGUUAAUCUUCAAUUUCAAAGGAGGCCAAUUCCCCCGAGUCAUAAAUGUGGCAGACACCACACAGAGAAAUACCACGGACUUUUCAAUCCGCAUCAGUAACGUCACCCCUGCAGACGCGGGCACCUACUACUGUGUAAAGUUCCAGAAAACAGGCUCUGAGGACAAGGAAAUUCUAUCUGGAGGAGGCACCAACUUGUCUGUGAGUGCCAGACCCUCUACCCCUGCCGUGUCGGGCCCCAAGGAGAGGGCCACAUCUGGACAGACAGUGAACUUCACCUGCAAGUCCCAUGGCUUCUCCCCCAAAAACAUCAGCCUGAAGUGGUUCAAAGAUGGGAAUGAACUCUCUGACUUCCGGACCAGCGUGGAUCCCAUGGGAGACAGUGUUUCCUACAAUGUCUCUAGCACAGUCAAGGUGGAGCUGGCCCCAGGGGACGUUCGCUCACAGGUCAUCUGUGAGGUGAAACAUGACACCUUGCAGGGGGUCCUCCGUGGGAGUGCCAACUUAUCAGGCACCAUCAGAGUUCUGCCCACCGUGGAGGUCACCCAGCAGCGCACAGUGACAGAGAACCAGGUGAACGUCACCUGCCAGGUGAAGACAUUCUACCCCCAGGGACCCCUGAACCUGACCUGGCUGGAGAAUGGAAAUGUGUCCCGGAAGGAAAUUCCUUCGAAUGUCACAGAGAACAAGGAUGGGACCUACGACUAUACAAGCUGCAUCUUGGUGAAUUCAUCUGCUUACAGGGAGAACGCAGUGUUCACCUGCCAGGUGGAGCACGAUGGACAGCCAGCAGUCACCAAAAACCUGACAGUGAAGGUCUCUGUCCCCCCAAAAAAGGAAGGGGACGUGGAUACCAUCUCUGGGAACAAUGCCUCUGACAGCUGGAAUGUCUUUAUCGUGGUGGGUGUGGUAUGCACCUUGCUGGUAGUCCUGCUGAUGGCGGCCCUCUACCUCCUCCGAGUCAAACAGAAGAAAGCCAAGGGGUCCACUUCUUCUACAAGGUUGCAUGAGCCAGAGAAGAAUGCCAGAGAAAUCACCCAGGUACAGUCCUUGAUCCAGGAAACAAAUGACAUUAAUGACAUCACAUACGCAGACCUGAAUCUGCCCAAGGAAAAGAAGCCUGCUCCCCAGGCUGCCGAGUCCAACAACCACACGGAGUAUGCCAGCAUUCAGACCAGCCCGCCGUCCCGGUUGGAAGACACUCUCACCUAUGCUGAUCUGGACAUGGUCCACCUCAACCGGGUGCCCAAGUCAUCGGCCCCCAAGCCCGAGCCAUCCUUCUCAGAGUAUGCCAGUGUCCAGGUCCAGAGGAAGUGAGUGGGACUGCUUGGCCUCAGGCGUGUCCUCAUGAGUUUUCUUGUCCCAUAUGGAGGGACCAUAAUGAGGGCAGCCAGCCGGUUCUCGAUGGCCAAGUGGCUCAGGCCUGGGACCAGGGGUGAGGGUGGCCCUUGUCUGCCACCCUUUUGGCUCUUCAGCUCAUCCAGGAUGAUCCUGCUCCCUAACGCUAUCCAAUAUCUGGAGAUCAAUGUGACUGAACCAACCAGAGAAGUGGCCUGGGAACCAACCAGAGCCGUCUGGGGUCCAACAACUGUUAUGCCUCUGAUCAUCAGGCACCAAUCUGGUUGUGAUCUCGAAGACUGGGCUGCCUCCUCGAUGCUCUGAAGCCACCUAGGGUGAGGAGAAGAGUCCACUUCCCGCUUCCUCCACCCUGCUGGGGCUUUGGGAAAAUUUUCCCUUUAGUCAAACUGCUCCAGCCAUGGAGAAGCUGUAAAAACUUGAGAUCCACCUCCCAAGACUUGGUAAGGUUGCUGCCAACAGUCCUGGCCUCUCCUCUACCUUGGGCCCCUCCGUGACUCCCAGGGCACUGAUCAGGGUGAUGGGAUGCUCUGUGUGGCCCUACCUCUCCUUUCCAGACCCGAGCUUGCCUCCUCCAGUUAGCACUAACUCAGCAGCAUCGCCAUGGACGCCUGUAAAUUAUCCAGAAAUGUGAACUGUGCAAUCUUGAAGCCGAGGUGUUAGAAAACUUGAUCUGUGGUGUUUUGUUUCGUUUUGUUUUUUCUUAAACAAAAGCAGCGUUAUCUUGGCUCUUUGUCAUGUGUUGAAAUUCAUGGUUGGGUCUUGUGAAGUCUGAGGUUUUAACAGUUUGCCAUCCUGGAGGGAUUUUCUUGCAGCAGAAGCUGAGUUUCCUUCAAGGUCCAGAGCCCUGAGGAUGGGGAAGAACUGUCCCUUCAGCUGCUCAGUGGGGACAUUCCUGGAGCCUUCUCUCUGGGACUCAGUUCGGCCUUUCCUGGGCCCCGCCGUGCGGCAGGGUCUGCAGUAAGCGCCAUCUGCCCAGUGCUUCUCCACACCACAGCCUCCUCCAGAUCUGAUGCCUCUGUCUGCUCUUCCGUAAAGAGGAGAGAGGGACACCUUCCCAGCCAUCUCACAAGCACUUUAGAAACUUGCAGAGAGACGGACACUGAGCUGGGCCAUUUGCCCCACCCAUUCGGCCAUCGCCCCCUUCCAGCUCUCUGAGCCAAUCUUCCAUCUCUGCUCUCAAACCCCAUCGGGAUGAAACUGGACCAGAUCCUGGUCACAGCCAGUACAGCACAGCGGUGAGCCCCUGCUGAUCUAUUCUCUGUCCCUCUGUCUCAGGCUGGGCUGAGCUGUGACCACAUCACCUUCUGACCCCCUCUCUUCCAGUUGGGUGCAAGGGUCCCAGGCAGUGUUGUAACCUUGGCUAUUGGGUCUAACAUAGGACUCACUCAGUCAAGACACUACUGCACAUGGCUCCACAUUGUAGGAUGCCUUUGGGAUUCUGGGCCCAGGCUGUCCGAGCAAGAAGCAGAGCCAUCCUGCCUGUUUCCACAGGGGCAGUGAGGGAGCUUCAGGAGCUCGGCAGGGACCAGCUCUUUGCGGUCAGGGACUUGGUGUUUUACAUGACGGCACACAGACACGAGCCGAGCCAACAGGCCAUGUGGGCAGCAUUGGCCGAACAAGCCAGGGCUCCUCUCUGGCAUCUGGGAGUGUCAGUGCCCAGCCGCCUGCCCAAGCUGUUUCCCAGUUUCAAAGGGUUGGCUUGUAAACCUUCAUCUCCCUCUCAGAGCGUGUGCAAGUGUGUGUGUCCAUGUACACACACACACCCACACACACAUCAAGCAGGACUUUAGAAGAAUGUUUUCUUGGUGCCAUUUUAAUUUUGUUUAUUUUCGUUGGGGGUGGGUAAGGGAAUGAGGCCAGCGAGGCAGGCGUGUGGCUUCAGCUUUGGCUGAGCAGCCUGGAAGACCCUCAUGCCAUGUGUGUGGAGUCCCAGGAAACGGAAGAGGUUGAAACAACCCCAUGAAAGGAGUAUGGUUUGGGGAGUUUAUUUUCAGACUGUUGGGAAGGAAACAGGCCCCAUUUUGUAUAUAGUUGCAACUUAAACUUUUUGGCUUGCAAAAUAUUUUUGUAAUAAAGAUUCCUGGGUAACAAUGA